UUUCGGCCUGUUUCGGGAUUGCCCGGACAUUUUCGCCUCUUUGUUUUACUGAUAGUGGAUUUAACUCGGAUUCAACCCAAUAUCCAGCAGACUGAACUGUUCCGAAACAGGCACACAACAGGGUGUCCAGGAUGCUGAGUUAACGCUGCCGGGCCCGUAGGAAGACAGCAGGCCUCCAGACCUCCCUCAGUCCACACAUGGCAGCAUUAGGGAACCCCGACAUGCUGACCCGGAAGAUCAGGCUGUGGGACAUCAACGCCCACAUCACCUGCCGUCUGUGCGAGGGCUACCUGAUCGACGCUACCACGGUUACCGAGUGCUUACACACCUUCUGUAGAAGCUGUCUGGUGAAGUACCUGGAAGAGAACAAUACGUGCCCCACCUGUAGGAUCGUGAUACACCAGAGUCAUCCUUUGCAGUACAUCGGCCAUGACAGAACAAUGCAAGAUAUUGUCUACAAGUUGGUGCCGGAACUUCAAGAAGCGGAGAUCAAGAAGCAGAGAGACUUCUACCAGAAGCUGGGCAUGGAGGUACCAGGGGACAUCAAAGGAGAGCUGUGUCACAUGAAGCCACACCUAGAUCCACAACGCAAUGGUGACGUGAAGUCAGAAGACACAGCCAAUAAGGACACGGCAGAGGAGAAGCCCGAGGAGGAAAACGACUACCACCGGAGUGACGAACAGGUCAGCAUCUGUCUAGAGUGUAACAGCAGUAAGCUCCGCGGCCUGAAGCGUAAGUGGAUCCGCUGCUCGGCUCAGGCCACCGUCCUUCACCUCAAGAAGUUCAUCGCCAAGAAGCUAAACCUCACAUCGUUUAACGAGCUGGAUAUUUUAUGCAAUGAAGAAAUCUUGGGGAAGGAUCACACUUUGAAAUUUGUCGUAGUGACAAGAUGGAGAUUUAAGAAGUCGCCCCUCUUGCUGCAUUACAGACCUAAAAUGGAUUUACUGUAGUGAAAAGGUGUUUGCUCUUGGCCCAGUGGCCCUGGACGGUGCAGAAUCGAACCAUUUAUGCAGAGACGAUCAACCAUCCAACACCAUGCAAACUCCCAGCAGAAAACCACAAAAGCCAGCACACAGAACCAACCUCCUACACAGUUACUGCUACACUGGCGCUUUUGGAACAGAACAACCCUUUUUUUUGUCCGCUACGUCCUAGAUAUGUGAAAAAAUUUGAGAGAAAGCAUAUAUUUAUACUUUUGUACA